AUGUUGCUAUAUGAUAGGCCUAUAUUGUGUGACUUGCUACAAUUUUACGGGAAAUCCCACCAAACGAUUUGCAGAUGCAGUUUACGCGGGCGGGGAAGUUACCCAAGCAGUGAAAGCGUGGUCAAGCUAUUAUGCAUACGGCUGCACGCGGACUGCUGUUCACGUCUGGCACGAAGGAAGGCUUGCUUUGGCGUUGUCAUUUUCGCGCAUCCGGUCUCAACGGCGAGACAGACGAACUUUAAAGGAGCGAAAAGUGUGUUUCUGUGUACCGUAGGAAAAAACAAAAAACACAUGAUCAGCCAGGUGUAAAAUUGUUACAGUGCAAAGACGGACUGUUUACAAACCACAGAAGGAACAACGGAAUUGCCCCUGGAUGUGAAUCUUCUAUUCUCACAUCUUCGGAUAUGCAGAGCUUGUUUUACAACAGUACUCUGUCCAACUCCACGGUUAUUUUCGAAAAUGGAAAAACUGUACUGUGGAUCCAGUUGGUCAUGGCCGUUCUUAGCAUUGUGGGAUCCGGCUCCAUAAUUGUGUUUGCACUUUUCCAGAACCUGCUUGGCACGCGUGAGGUCAGGGCGCUGUUCUUCUUGAGCCUGGCUGACUUGCUGGUGUGUUUCACCUGGCUCAUCGGUGCAGUCCUGUUAAAUCAGACCUGCGACAACCGCACCGCCUGCUAUAACUUGCAUGCCGUUGAACAGAUAUUUUACAUGUCGUCCUUUUUUUACACCCUCAACUAUACCUGGGUGCUGUACAUGCGUUUGAAGGAGGACUGCUGCAGGGACGUGACUGGCCAGUCCACUGUGUUCCCUGGGAGGACUAGCUCAUUAACCAAGAUGGCCCUGGUGUUAUCAGGUGUCUUGCCUGUGCUGCUUAUGGUGCCAGUCUUUGUCGUGGGGAACACAAACAGCUGUUCCAGGAGCCUGAGCCAGGCUUAUGAGUGUCUCCUGAUGCACACAUGGGUGCUGUACUCACCCUCCAGGGCCAGACUGGAAGCCACGCCCUGUCACCACGUCCACGCCUACAGCAUCGUCAUCUUCGUCUCCACCUUCGCCGUCAGUUUGAGUGGCAUUUUGGUGUUGAUGGCGAAGGCGCGUUCGGUGUACGCGCGCUGCGUGGAGUCCACCGACAGCCUGCUGGACGCCAGGGGGUGGGCGGGCCUGGGAGUGCGUCGGCGGCAGAUGAAGCUUUACCCCGCCGCCUUCGCGGUCUGCUGGUUCCCAGCGGUCCUGCUGGCAGUCUUGAUCCUGUUCAACCUGCAGGAAGUACCGUUGCUGUAUGUCAUCCUUUACCUGCUGCAGGCCUUCACGUCCCCCUCCCAGGGCUGGCUGAACUGCCUGCUGUACGGCUGGACCCAGCAGCGUCUCCGCACCCUCACAGCCCUGGAGAAACGGGACGUCGACACCCAGACCCCCCUCCUGCGCUCGCAGAAGCAGAAGAGCUACGCGACGCAGACGGAGUGAGGCGCUGGGGCGGAUGCAGGCGGGGAAGGAGCACAGAGUCCCUGUUGGCACAGUCGGGCCUCAACAGGAGCGGGGCUGCGCUGGGGGCUGAGGUUACCAUAGAGUGGGUGAACACGAGGCUGAGGGCCAGACCUGUGUUGCCUUAGCAACAAAAAUCCCUACUGGGUCCAGCAAUGUGCUUUUUUUUGCCGCUCUCAUUGAAAUUGAAAAGGCCCAGAAAUUCACCCAGAAAGUGGUCAGCCACAGUGAUUUGUUAGCACACAAGUUAUUAUUCCCCCCCCCCCCCAGGGGGAUGAGAACUCUCACAAACAACAGAAUAUGAUGAGGAGUUUUUGGUCCUUCAAAAAAUAUGACAGUUGUUACUUAAGGAGCCCAACUCCUUAAUUAAUUAUGUAAAACAUAAAGGACCACUUCCAGACAAUAGUCAUUGCUAGCUUGCUAGCAGUGUGGCUGAGGGUUGGGAGUCAGACUGUGGCUGAUCACCCACAUGAACACACAAAAGUUUUUGGUCUGGCAAUACCCAUACAGCAGCGAGAAUUGCUGCACUAUGAAUGUGUGAGAAAACUAAAUCUAAAAGGGAUUUCCCAGAUUAAACUGGAGAUGAGAGAGGACGGAAAGCCCAAAGCGUUAUGAGGAUAAAUGAGAGAAGUUUUAGUUAAAAUGAGAACGCAAGUCAAACAUAAGCACUGUAACCUAAGCAGGUUCUCAUUGGGUCAUUUUCUCAGAACUUCUUGACCCCUUGCAUGCAAGCACUGCUUGUGCACAGAAGAUGCACAUUUUCAUUUGACAUGAUGUUAAAAUAGCUGCGAUGAUUGUAGAAAAGCAUAUUGUGCUUCUUGAUGCUCUGGUCCUGUGUUCUGUGAAUGGUGCACUUUGGUCUUUGAAUGUAAAACAGGCUGCCAGUGAGCAUUAAAACAAAAAUGGAUUGCAUUCAUUGUGUAAAUAACAUUUUCUCCAGAAUUGGAAUUUUGGUUUAACGCAAUUAAUCCCUGGGAAAUGCAGGAGCAUAUUCAUAUUGCACACAUGCAUCAUAUAUAUUGCACAAAUGAAAAAUGUUAGAGCUGCAGUAUUCUAUUUAGAUGUAUUAUUACAAAAUGAAACAAAGAUACUCAAAGUCAGCUCUAGUUGAUAAGAGUGCAAUUAUAGGAAGCAUCUCUAUGUCAUGGUGGAUUACACUGGAGUCUAUUUUAUUUGACAGUGGUAAGUGGCUUUCAUUGCUUAUUUGUAAAAUAUCUUAAGUGCUUAGUUAUUGCAUUCAAUCCCUCUUCUGCUUUGGUGGUUUUUUUUUUUUUUUGCAUUAACCUGACAACACAGACUUUUUUUAAACUGUUUUUAUUGUGUGUGUGUGUGUGUGCCACUUUUCACACUUGUGUGUCUGUUCAUGCAUUUGUGUGUUUGGGUUCAAUUCUAGAAUAUUUUACAAUGUAGGCCUGCCUUACAAAUAUGUUGUGAUACUACCAUAAUAAAUUACCCAUGUUUUCUUCCAUGGCACUGGUAAUAAAAAUGAGGAGGAAUGGA